AUGACGGACAUUCGAACGGCUCGCUCAACGGAUCUGUCUCCUAGACGCCACCUACCAUUCUUCCCUCCCCUCCAUCGCUCCCUUCACCGAAUCACCUCUCUCGGAGCAAGCAACCAAACCCACACAAAUCCAAACAAACAUCAAGUUUGUCUCUACGAACCACGAACCGGCUCGCGCACCCACGGUUCACAUCACAAUCACAUUCCCACGCAUCCACAACGAACACACCAGAUCUACGAAACCUUCAUCCUUCUUUGCCCUGACCAAGCCAAGCCCCCCCCUUUAUCACGCAAGUCAGAAGACCGACGAACCGCCGCUCAGGCAAUUCUCGUGAAAAGCAAUAACACGCCGGUCAACACCCUCUCUCUUUCUCAAUACGAACAUAUUUCUUCGAAAAGGCGCACGAAUGAGCGGGUGAUUGGGCAAUCUCGGAAUAUCAUCUCCUAUCCUCUGAGUAUCCAGCACACGGCCAAGUCCCGAGUCCAGGCCCAGGCCUCCCAAUUCAGGAAAGCAACUCAUCUCCAAACAAGGGCAACCUCCAGCGGAUCCUGCAUUUCUGCUACUGCUGCCUCCUUCACUCCGUACAUACCAUCCAGCCAUCUAGCCAUCCAUCCAUCCACCCACCAGCCAGCCCCCUUGCGCGUCGUCGUCAACCCCAUCCGGCCGCCGCUGACUGCCGCUUCCCUCCUUCGAACGAAAAAGUCACACGGCCUAUGCCAUGCAAGCGCACGAGCAAAAGCGAAGAAGACAAGACAGACCAAACGCCCCCCAGCACCAACGCCAACACAAGCACCAGCCAGCCCCCAAAGGCCCGCAGGCUGCGGGAACAGCAAAGACCCUCAAGACCGGACCGCGGCAGCUACUCUCUUGGGGAAGAGACAAGACCAGGCCGGGCUCCUGCAUGGCAUCAGCACCAACACCAGCGCCAGCACCAAGACAAGAGCACUGUUCAUCGUCAAGUCCAGUCCAGUCGGCUACGUGGUCUACCUCCCGUGGGUAGAGACCACCAAACGGCCACGACACGUCCACGUCCCCGUUGGACACGCGCCGAGAACUGACCCUCUCUCUCACUCACUCUGUGCUCUCUCGCGUUUCCGUGAUGUUCCAACGAAGACAGCUUCAUCCUUUACCCGUCACUCGCUUCAAAUCCUUCGUCAGGAAAACACACAAAUCGCACACCCCCUUUCACUAGUUCCCUUCCCCCGUCCACCUGUUCCCUACUCUUUCUGGGCUAAUCUUGGUUCACUCACGGCCCUCAAGCCAACAAGAAUCACAAGAAACCAGAUGACAAGCCCGCAGAAAAGGUCGAGCGCGAAAGCUCAGAAAAAAAAAAAGGAGCGCAGAAGUGUCAUAGCACAUAGCACACCCCCGGGAACCAGCAAGACCGGCGGACAAGAGGCGGGACAGAACGCGCGCGAGAGAGAGAGAAACAAGACGAGUCCCUCGGACACUCGCUCGCUGAUUCACCAAUUCGUUUCGCGAGAAAGAGGCAAGCCAAGCCGUGUAUCGUGUCUAUGGAGACCAGAGACUGGAGAUAUGAUGUCGCGACACUUUUGCCUUUCCCCCUACUGUAUAGUUAGCGGUAGUAGUCUCCUUUUCCCCUACUUGCCACGCCCACGCCCCCCCUCCUUCUUCGUUUCGUUCUUCCGGGGCCCUCUCGUUCACACUUGUCUCCAUCGUGGGUUCCUCAUUUUGUUUCUCCGCCAGUCUUACCGCAUGACGCCGCCGGCCUUGCUGCUCUUGCCGUCCUCCCACCCCUCAUACCGGGGGCUAAUCGAGUAUCGACAGCCAAACAAGAUGGAGGAGAGUAAUCCACACGCCCUGGAUUUGGCAUGGUCUAAACCAGAGAGGACCAAGAAGGCGCCCGCUAAAGCGAUGUUGCGCCAUUUGGCCAACAAGAGAAACAGGAGCAGCAAUAAGGCAAGCCCUCACAAGAUUCCACGCUACAAUCGUCCGCUAGACACCAAGGAAGAAGACGCCAACGCCAAUAUCAGCACCAACACCAGCACCAACACCGACACCAGUCAUCGGCUGACGGCGGCGACAUAUGGCACCGGCCGUUUGGCCUUUUCGUCGACCGGACCUGUCGUCCUAUGCCUAUGGCGUUUAACCCGGGGUACCUGUCACGGAGUCGACUCCGGGAAAGACGGCCGCCAAACUACGGCGUUUACAAAAGUGACAAUGGCCAGCCUACUCCGUACCAACUACUACACAAUUGAUAUCCAACUGAGAAAGACUUUCGAGGAGGCUUGCAAACAAACGCCCGCCAAGUUACGCAAUGCGCCCUUUCUCUUCCUCCGCUUCAAACUUCGUCCACUUGCGGCUGGGCUUUCCCCCCCGCCUCCCGCGACUGGUAUUGAUUCCAAAGAGUACCAAUUUGAUACGAACUCCCACCCCUUCUCUUUGAUCUCUGAUCUCCUUCUCCAAUUCGAGAUUUACACAGCACAGCUCUCCGAGUCGUCGCAUCCGAUACGCCCUAUGCAAGCCAACGAAUCAAAGAGAGAUCAGCGCUCUUUCCGCACUGCCACCGGGGAGCAGGGGGAGGACGAGGACGAGGACAAGGAGGGAGCAGUGCAUCCGUAG